UCUUAUAAUACACAACCCUUUAUUUCUUAACUUUGUACUUAGUUUCUUUUUUGGAGAAAAAAAAUAUGGGAAGCCUUUGCCUGGUUUUGGUGAUCUUGCAACUUUCAUGGAGUUUGUCUUCCACUGUUGCUCCUCCAUCCUCUCAUUUAUGUCUCCUACAUCAGAGAGAUGCUUUGCUCCAUUUUAAAACCACCAUUUCUGUUGAUUGUUUUCGAGAUUCUUACCCCAAGAUAGACAUAGAGUCAUGGAACAAAAGCAUUGAUUGUUGUUCAUGGGAGGGAGUGGAAUGCGACAACGUGACUGGUCAUGUAAUCGGUGUCGAUCUUAGUCACAGUUGCCUUGUUGGUUCUCUCUUCGCAAACAACAGCCUUUCUCAACUUCACAACCUCCAAUGGCUUGACUUGAGCUCCAACAACCUCGAAGGCUCUCUUCUUGAGAACACUAGCAGCUUGUUUCACUUUCAUGGACUCCGACGACUCAACCUUGCUGACAACGCUUUCGAUGGUGCUAUCCCAACAGAGUUAUUUAUCCAGUUGGUGAGUUUAACUCAUCUUAAUCUCUCUUCUAAUGGCUUCUAUGGUUUGAUCCCGCAUAAUAUCAAUCUCCUAUCAAGUUUGGUUUCACUUGAUCUUUCCUCUUACGGUUUGGACUUAAGAUUUGAUAGCCAAGGUUUUGACAUGCUUGCAAGAAACUUGACCAAAUUAAGAAACCUUGUGCUUGACACUGUAGAUAUGUCUGACGUUGCACUUACUCCCUUUCUAAACUUGUCUUCAUCACUUGAACAUUUGAGUCUCAGUGGGUGUAAAUUACAUGGGGAAUUCCCAACUCAAGUUUUUCAGCUUCCAAACCUCAAAGUUUUAUAUUUAAGUGAGAAUGAAAGUCUCACAGGUUAUCUCCCUAACACAAGCUGGAGUAGUGGCCUUGAGUUGUUGGACCUUUCCAAUUGUGGUUUUAGGGGGUCAAUUCCAGCAUCAUUUGGAAAUCUCACUCAAAUCAUUUCCGUUGAUUUAUCAGGAAAUUCGCUUGAAGGACAGAUUCCAGAUGUUUUUGGAAACCUUAGAAAAUUAACUUUUUUGAGCUUUUCUUCAUGCAGUUUGAGUGGUCCACUUCCAAUAACUAUCUUCAACCUCACAAAAAUUACCCGUUUGGAUUUGUCAUCCAAUCACCUGGAAGGUCCCUUGCCAAAUCAUGUUAGUGAGCUUCAAUUGCUAGAGGAACUUGGGUUAUCUAAUAACUCUAUAAGUGGUGUAGUACCAUCUUGGCUGUUUACUCUGCCAUCCCUUCCACGUUUGGACCUCAGUUAUAACAAACUAGUUGGUCCGAUUGAUCGAAUUCAGAAGCCUAGUUCCAUCCAAGAGGUUCAUUUGAGGUAUAAUAAUAUUGGUGGUCCAAUACCCGAUUCCUUUUUUGAUCUUGUGAACCUUACUUGGCUUGAUUUGUCAUCAAACAACUUGAGUGGUGUGAUCAAGUCAGAUAUGCUUUCAAAACUCACGAGUCUUGAAGUUCUUGAUGUUUCAAAUAAUAGUUUAUUAUCAUUAAGCACAAGCGGCAAUGAUGUGAACUAUUCUUUCCCCCAGCUUACAACUGUGAACUUCUCUGGUUGUAGCGUAAGGCAGUUCCCGAAUUUCUUUCGAACAUCGAACUUGGAAAGUUUAGAUCUUUCCAAUAACAGGAUUUCUGGUGGAAUUUCCAAAUGGGAAGCUGAAGGGUGGGAAGGAUUGCAAUGGUUGGAUCUUUCUCAUAACUUUUUGACUGCUUUGGAGCAAUUUCCGGGAAACAAUUUGGGAAAACUCAACCUUCAUUCCAACUUGCUUCAAGGACCAAUUCUCUCAACUUGCUUGAAUCCUCAAAUUCCAAUUUUAAAGGAGUUGGAAGAGUUCAUCAUUUCAGAGAAUAAAUUGGCAGGAAACGUCCCUUCUUCUAUUUGCAAUUUGAGUUCACUUGCUCUUCUGGACUUGUCCGAAAACAGCUUGAGUGGAACUAUUCCUGAUUGUCUUGAAAAUUUAAGCUAUCUCCAGACCUUAGAUUUGCAAUUGAACAACUUCAUUGGCAAGAUCCCUAAUUCUUUUGUGAAUAAUAGUUUGAGCCGUCUUUUACUCAAUGACAAUCAAUUGGAAGGAUUAGUACCAUCAUCUUUGGUUUAUUCUACUUCAUUGGAAAUUUUAAAUUUAGGGAACAACAAGUUAACAGAUAGAUUUCCCCGUUGGAUAGCUUCGCUUCCAAGUCUGCAAGUUCUUAUCCUGAGAUUUAAUAGAUUUUAUGGAUCACUGCCUCAUUCCAUAGCUUCAUCUAACUUCUCUGCAUUGCGAAUAAUUGAUCUCUCUGCAAAUGAGUUCACGGGCACAUUGUCCACGAAACUCUUACGAAAUUUGAAAGCAAUGAAAGAUAAACCUAGAGAGUGGUUAAACUCCUCAUAUACAGAUUUUUUUGGAAUAGUAGAUGUCAGUCGUAUUUAUGAAAUUCCUGUGAAUGUAACAACAAAAGGAUUGGAGAUGGGAUUGACAAAGACCUUGGACAUUUUCGUAUCUAUGGACUUGUCAAACAACCAAUUCUCUGGAGAAAUUCCUGAGGAUGUUGGGCGACUUAUUUCCCUGCAAAUGCUCAAUUUUUCUCACAACAAUUUCACUGGUCCUAUCCCAGCAUCAUUUGGAAAUUUGGUAGCACUUGAAUCAUUGGAUCUUUCAUCAAACAAGUUUAGUGGCGGGAUUCCUUCUCAAAUGACGAAUCUAACAUUUCUUGCAGUAUUGAAUCUUUCAAACAACAAACUUGUUGGACCAGUUCCUCAUGGGAAUCAAUUCAAUACAUUUGAUAAUGAUUCCUACAGCGGUAACUUGGGAUUGUGUGGAUUACCAUUAUCCAAGCAAUGCGUCAACCAUCGGGGGCCCGACCCGCCUUCACCAUUGGUGGUGGAACGUGAAGGUUCUAAGAUACCCUUCUUUUGGCAAGUUGCAAUGAUGGGGUAUGGAAGUGGAGUAGUGAUAGGACUGAGCCUGGGUUACAUUGUAUUCACAACUGGAAGACCAUGGUGGUUUGUUAGAAAGGUGGAGAGAGACUGGCAAUACAAUUUCACGAAGUGGGUACAAAGAAACAAAGUAAGAAGAAACUAGCUCUGCAUCCAAUAUCUUGCUUAGUGGCAUUGGAAUUCAAGAUUGAAUUGGAUGGAAAGAUUCAGCAUUUCAGUUCUUUGGGAAUGAUUUGAAUAAAUAAGUGGGGGUGUUGUGAAUUUAACAAAUGAUAUGACUGUCUUUGUGUUCAUCAUAAUUUCUAAAUCUGUAUUUAUGGGUGUUCUGUAGUUAUGUUUGUUCUAAGUAAUAUUAUCCUUUCUUUCGCAUGGUUACUAUAUUUGAUAUAUUAUUAAAUUUAUACACUCUUGUAUUGAGUUGAUCAAAAGUUCUAAAGCUUUGUAUAAAAAGUAAAAUUUCAAUAUAUCAAA